UCAGGUUCCAGCCUUUUACUGCUAUAUAAGCCAGUAUAUAAAGGUAUGAUCAGCAAAAGAAUGUGAUGAUCUGUAAAGGUAGCUCAAAUAUUUAAGUGGCAUUAUGUUGACAGGCCUGCUGAAUGAAGAUUACAGAGAAAUGUGGCUGAGCAGCAGCAGUACCGCACGGCCCCUUUAAUAGCUCUCCUCCCCGUCUCUCCCACCGUCUUGCUCUCUUCCCCAUUUCGCUGCUUUGUUUUCAUUGACGCUCUUUUGAUCAUGGCUGCUCAUUCCACCGAAGAACCGUUCCCCUUCCACGGGCUGCUCCCCAAAAAAGAAACCGGCGCCGCGUCUUAUCUCACCAGGUUCCCCGAGUACGAUGGCCGAGGAGUACUCAUCGCUAUCCUCGACACCGGCGUGGAUCCCGGGGCCCCCGGCAUGCAGGUCACAACUGAGGGGAAGCCAAAGAUCAUCGACAUCAUCGAUACAACAGGCAGCGGUGACGUGAAUAUGACCACUGUGUCAGAACCUAAAGAUGGGACAAUCGCUGGCCUCUCUGGUAGAACACUUAAGAUUCCUCCUGCCUGGGUCAAUCCAUCAGGGAAGUAUCACAUUGGAGUUAAAAAUGGCUAUGAGUUCUUCCCUAAGGCUCUUAAAGAAAGAAUACAGAAAGAGCGAAAGGAGAAGAUGUGGGACCCACCACACAGAGCAGCACUUGCUGAGGUCUCUCGCAAGACGGAAGAGUUUGACCUCUCCCACCCAACGCCCUCACAGAUGGAGAAGUUGGAGAAAGAAGAGCUGCAGAGUCAGUCAGAGCUGCUGGCAUCGCUAGAAAAGAAGUACAGUGAUCCCGGUCCCGUUUAUGACUGUCUGCUUUGGAACGACGGCAUUACAUGGAGGGCUGUAGUCGACACUUCAGAGUGUGGAGAGCUGUCCCAGUGCACUGUGCUGAGCUCAUACAGAGAGACGCAAGAGUAUGCCACGUUAGGAAGUGCUGAGAUGCUAAACUACUCUGUUAAUAUUUAUGAUGAAGGAAACACACUCUGCAUCGUCACCAGUGGAGGGGCUCAUGGGACACAUGUAGCAAGCAUCGCAGCAGGUUACUUCCCAGAGGAACCUGAGCGCAACGGCGUGGCCCCUGGUGCCCAAAUCUUGGCUCUGAAGAUUGGAGACACCCGCCUCAGCACCAUGGAAACAGGCACAGGACUCAUCCGCGCGAUGAUUGAAGUCAUCAACUACAAGUGUGACCUUGUUAACUAUAGCUAUGGGGAAGCAACCCACUGGCCCAAUUCAGGGAGGAUUUGUGAGGUGAUCACAGAGGCUGUCCAAAAGCACAAUGUGAUGUUUGUUUCAAGUGCAGGAAACAACGGCCCAUGCCUCUCCACGGUCGGCUGCCCGGGGGGAACCACCAGCAGUGUCAUAGGAGUUGGAGCAUAUGUGACUCCAGACAUGAUGGUGGCAGAGUAUUCCCUGAGGGAGAAGCUGCCUCCCAACCAAUACACCUGGUCGUCCAGGGGCCCCAGUACAGACGGGGCCCUGGGGGUUAGCAUCAGUGCCCCUGGUGGGGCCAUUGCGUCUGUACCCAACUGGACUCUUCGUGGUACCCAGCUGAUGAAUGGCACAUCCAUGUCAUCCCCUAAUGCCUGCGGAGGCAUCGCUCUAAUCCUCUCAGGACUGAAGCAGUAUGGGAUCUGUCCCUCUGUUGCUGCGGUGAGGAGAGCGCUGGAAAACACAGCUCUGAAGGUUGAUGACAUCGAGGUGUUUGCACAGGGCCAUGGAAUAAUCCAGGUGGACAAGGCAUUAGACUACCUCAUUCAACACGCCUCUUUACCCACAAGCCACCUAGGCUUCUCAGUAAGUGUGGGAACACAGAAAGGCAUCUACCUCAGAGACCCAGCCCAAAUUCUUGCACCCUCAGAUCACGGAGUAGGAAUUGAACCCAUCUUCCCAGAGAACACAGAAAACUCUGAGCGAAUCUCCUUACAGCUACACUUGGCGCUCACAUGUGCCGCACCGUGGGUUCAGUGCCCCUCCCAUCUAGAGCUGAUGAACCAGUGUCGUCAUGUCAAUGUCCGCAUCGAUCCUAUGGGACUGAGAGAGGGAGUGCACUACACCGAGGUGUGUGGGUAUGAUACAGCAGCACCUACUUGUGGCCCCCUAUUCAGAGUUCCAAUCACAGUUAUUAUCCCUGCAAAAGUGACAGAUAGUCGUAAUCAGGAGGUGUGUUUCACAGACGUCCACUUCAGACCAGGCCAGAUUAGACGCCACUUCAUCACUGUUCCUCAGGGAGCUUCCUGGGCAGAGAUCACACUGACCUCUCAUUCGGGAGAUGUGUCGUCAAAGUUUGUUCUCCACGCUGUGCACCUGGUCAAACAGAAAGCGUACAGAGCUAAUGAAUUCUACAAGUUCUCUUCACUGUUGGAAAGAGGUUCACUAACUGAGGCUUUCCCCGUACUGUCAGGUCGGGUAGUAGAAUUGUGCAUUGCACGCUGGUGGGCGAGCCUGGGCGAUGUCACAGUGGACUACAGCAUCUCAUUCCACGGGCUCAACACUUCCCCUUCACCCCUGCACAUACAUGCCUCAGAGGGCGUCACGAGUUUUGAUGUGUCGUCGCCACUCAGGUACGAGGAGGUGUCACCCACUAUUACCCUCAAGUCUUGGGUUCAGCCUCUCAGGCCCUUAAGUUCAAAGAUAAAGGCCCUGGGAAUGAGGGACGUUCUGCCUAAUAACAGACAAAUCUACGAGAUUGUCCUCAACUACAGCUUUCACCAGCCUAAGAGUGGAGAAGUUACCCCCAGCUGUCCCAUGCUGUGUGAGCUGCUGUACGAGUCGGAGUUUGACAGUCAGCUCUGGAUGCUGUUUGAUCAGAACAAGAGGCUACUGGGCUCAGGCGACGCCUACCCACACCAGUAUUCUCUGAAGCUGGAAAAGGGGGACUACACUGUGCGUCUGCAGGUCCGCCACGAGCAGUCCAGCGAGCUGGAGCGCCUAAAGGACCUACCGUUUGUGGUUUCUCACCGUCUGUCCACCACACUCAGUCUAGAUGUCUAUGAGACACACCGGGCUGCCCUCAUGGCCAAGAAGAAGGCAAACUCUGUCACGUUGUGCCCGGGCGCCACACAGCCCUUCUACAUCACAUCCCUGCCUGACGACAAGAUCCCAAAAGGGACAAGUCCAGGAUGCUAUCUUUCAGGCUCCCUUGUUGUCCCCAAGAGCGAGUUUGGCAAGAAAGCAGGGCAGGCCUCUGCAAAACGACAAGGAAAGUUUAAAAAGGAUAUUGUUCCAGUCAUCUACCACUUAAUUCCUGCUCCAAACAAAACAAAGAACGGAGGGAAGGAGAAGGACAAGGAAGGAGACAAAGAGAAAGACAUGAAGGACGAGUUUGCAGAAGCUUUGAGAGACUUAAAGAUUCAGUGGAUGACAAAGUUGGACUCCAGCUCCAUUUAUGAUGAACUGAGGGAAAACUACUCAGACUACCUUCCGCUGCACGUGCAAAGACUGCACCAGCUGGACUCUGAAAAGGAGCGCGUAAAACGUCUCAGGGAGGUGAUAUCGGCAGCUGACAUCGUCAUCUCCCACAUCGACCAGACGGCCUUGGCUGUUUACCUCACCAUGAAGACAGACCCUCGGCCUGAUGCCGCUUCUAUCAAAACUGACAUGGAGAAGCAGAAGUCGUCUCUGCUGGACGCUCUGUGUAGGAAGGGCUGCGCUCUGGCUGACCAGCUCCUGCUGCCCCCUGCAUCGCAGGACGGCGCCGUUGCUGUCACCACGGGACAAACGGCAGCAGAGGAGAAUGUGGAACAGAUGGCCAGCAGUUCUGAUGACAUCCUGCACAACGUAGCUAAAGCUCUGAUGGAUACAUUUUGGGAGGUGCAGAAGUGGGCAGAGCUAACUGAUUCCAAGGUGUUGAUGUUUUCAUACAAACACGCCCUUGUGAACAAGAUGUACGGACGAGCCUUAAAAUAUGCUUCAAAGAUGGUGGAAGAGAAGCCCAGCAAAGAGAACAUGAGGAACUGCAUCCAGCUUAUGCGACACCUCCUGUGGACACACUGCGCCACCUUCAGUGAGAACUGGCUUCCUGUCAUGUACCCUGUGGACUACACACCAUUCUAGGCACACACACACACACACACACACACACACACACACACGUGCGCAUGCAUGAGCAGCAUGGCCAUACAUGGUCCAUUACAUGGUAACUUCAAUAUCAUGUCCCUCAGGGUCACAUGGUCUAUGCAUCCGGUUUUUCAAAAUGUAGAUGUAGUUGAACACCAAAAUAAAGGAUAACGCUGAGUGUAAAUAGUUUGAUGCACUCGACACAUUAUAGGGUGAGGGAUCAAGUUCAUCCUGUCUUUUAAUGUCUUGUUAAACAUCACCAUUGAAUGCUCGAAACUCUCGCCAAGGUUUGUUGAAACUGUAGCUCAGUGCUUUCUUUGUUGGGUGUUGUCCUUUUUAUUUUGGUGUCAUCUACACAGUUGGAGGCGUACACAUCCACCCAUCUUCAUCUGCCCGGACUCUAUAUCUUAUAAAUAAUCUAUUUCUCCUGUGUUCCCCUGUGUAAACACUGUAAAAGGGCCAUUGUGGACUCCAGGGACUCAUUCCCAAGUCUAUUUUUUAUUUUUUUUAAAGUAACUGUGACCCCUUCUACUCACUUUCAAAACAUCAGAAAAACUCAUAGCUGGCCAUUGUGAGGAUAGGAAGGACUUGCUUGGACAGAACUGUGUCUUUUUCACUUUUAUUUCUUUGUUUUCUGACUGUUCCUAUCAGGCCAUGUUGAUAAAGUUAAUAUUUAGUCAUGUCUGUCUUUUUAGGCUCUGACUCGUGUGCACAAUCUCAAAACACACAACAGUAUUUAGGUGCCUUUCUACACGUACCUUACCUUUUUUCUGAUGGGAUGAAAAACAGUGCACGGGUUCAGUAACGUCGGUGAACACUCAGCCGCAUGCGGUCAUUUCACCCAUCAGUCUUUGGUGUCAAAUGUGGUUUUUGAAGCUCAUUUCGGCAGUAUGACGUGUCCGUGCACUGUAUGCAGGCCGUCAGUGACUUGUCAGGAAAUUGGAUGCCACAAACCGACUUUCACAGCUUCUACUUACCCCCAAGAGGUGUUGGCCCCCAACUUCAUACUGCUGUUACCUGAGCAGCACAUUUGACCACCAUCAAACAGACCUCACUGACAUAACAGAUGCAGUUUUGGGCAGCGGUAGGAUGUUCAGAUCAGAAUUCAUUGUAAAAUGUUCACUCAGUGUUGGACGUUUCUCUGCAGCAUUCAGAAUGUUGCAUUUGUACACAGUGUCAUAAAAUAAUGUACAUACACAUAACGUAAAAAUAUUAAGAAGCAAUAGGUAUAUAAUACAAAUAUUAUUCUAAUUGAUGUAUUUUGCAUAUAUGCAUGUAUUCUAGGAUGUAAGGAAAAAUACAUAGUUUUAUUCAGGAGCAGAUUUUAGUUUGUCUCAAUUUGGAAGAUUUUUAAACCCAUGAAAGAUUCUGAUGGUAUCCAGUGUUACUUUCAUGAGUGUGUGUUUGUGAAUGACUUUAAGUGUACUUCUGAGCAUAUUUUGUGUGUAUGAUCAUUUUCACCCAACUGAAAUGAUAGCAUUUAGAGGGGGUUAAGCAUGAGUAUUGUUGUUUUUUCAGAUACCUUAUUUACUUUAAAGGACCAUGCCAGUGGUUUUAUACUUUUCUGUCUGAUUUACUACAAUCACACAUACUUAACAUCACUGCUAAACAUUUUGCGUAUUAUGUUAUUUUAGGGCACGUGGCCGAUGGUUUUCUUCAAAAUAUAAUGUCAGCAGAUUUUUUACACUUUCUUGAGUUGUAUAAAUCCAUAGUGAAUACCAAGUUGGCAUUAAAGGCCUUGAAAACCAUAUUUCUGCAGUUUUCAUUAUUUCCCGUGAGAGAUUUCUGCUUUUGUCUGAGCUCUCAGUGGUUUGAGGUGUUUUGGGCAUAUUUCUGAGCACCAAUGAGGAUUUAUCAAUAUUUCACUGAAAACGUGGCAACUGUUUCGGGUGUUUAUGCUUAUGUUGCCACUGUCAAUCAAAUCUGAUCAAACUACACCCACACAGUCCUGAUGAAGCAGAUUAGCUGAGUUUUUGAAUGUUAAACUCUUAAUAAUAAUAGCUAACAAUGUUUGUCCCACCAAACUAACUGAUCGCUGCUUGUUUAGUGAUGAACACAAAAUGUCAUACAUCAAAUUUUCAGGGGAUUUCUUUAAUCAGAGUUGCAAAAUCGCUGCUUGGCACUGCAGAUUGAUUUGAGAAGUCUUCAGUGCUUUACACUCCAAAGAUAAUGCAGCUAUGACAACAAUGAAUGCAGACUUGAUGUUCACUGUGAUGAAAUACAACUUGAAAGAGUACUUCACUGAUGUAGUUUUUAAUGUUUUUAAGUAUCACAAUUGAUGCAGCAGAAGCAGAGAUGAUCUUUUUUUUUAUUCCACACAGUCUUCUUUGCAACCGCUGUUCAGAGUUUCAGGUGUGUUAUGCUAGUAGAGGCUAAUGUCGCCUGCUGCUAGCCUCAACCAGAGAUGAGGAGCAGGCUACAGAGGUCUCACUACUUUGUAACUCCACACCCCCAGAUUCUUGUGUUUUUGAACUUGUAUUCUUCAUCCCCAUUGACUCAAAUGACAUCAUUUGAGGACAUUUAUCAGAUGUUAUGCAGCUCCCUCUGGAGCUACAGGCCGCUAUAUAGAACUUUACAAAUUCAGUAAUUCUCCCCAAGACCUGUUAACAGAUUGUGUAAAAUAGGUGGAGUUUUCUUAAGUUUGAAGAGUAUUUGUAUUUGAUGUCAUAUGGAAAUUAAUGGGAAACAAUGACUGUACAGAAUGGUUGCAUUUGAAAAAGUAAAACUUUGCCACAAUCAAGAUAGCAGCUAAAACUUGUAAAAACACUGGUAUGGUUCUUUUUUUUUUUUCUUUUUCUUUUCUUACCUCAGUGAAUCAUGUAAUAAAUAAGGAUGCAUAGCUGUUUGUGUUUGCAGUGCUAGUACAGGAGAGAACCAUGUUAAAGAUACAAACUAUAUCCACUUUAUCUUUUGUGUGUCUCAUCAAAAGAAUGAUUCCCAAUGUUAAGCUGGUUUAACUGUCAAAAGAAUAUGAAGGUUUAAAAGUUUUACCAGAAGGGUACAAAAAUGAUAAAAUUGGACAUAAUAUACAAUAGAAGGAUUCAUCCUCAAAUUAUCAAAACCAGUUUAUAUGAUGGCUCUAAAUGUCUGGUUUCAUCUUGCCCUGAUGCUGUUUUAAGUUUAAGGUGCAUGCUUAACAAUGUAAAAGCAGCUUUCAUCCUCAUCAGAGUAAAUCUUUUCUGGGAUGUCCGUACAUGCAUAGCCAAUCAGUAGUCACAACUCAUGUUUACCCAGGGCUAAGAACACCUCGCAUUUCUGUUUUUAGCUGUGACUUGUAUGCACUUUCUGCAGCAGCCUCAGCACAGGCCUCUCUGGGUGCGCAGGGAUUUACUGCAGUCAGUUGGGUUUUGUUUCUGAAACAACUUGUGCUCAUCUUUACUUUUUGCAUCUUAUUUUCUUUCUUUUCUUUCCUCUCUUCUCUUUCCUGUGUUUGGGGUUUGGUUCAGACAGAUGUCACGUUCAGGGCUCAGGUGUCAGUACGCGUUGCCAAUGACAGUCUCUCCGAAAAUGGCCUUAACUUUCACCACAGGACUUGUACCGUCCAUUUCUGGCACCAAACAGACUUCUCAUAUCUGUUGCUCACACUCCGCUGGUGUCAGGAAACACUUCAGAAAUGCUCCUUCUGGAUGUUGAGUGUUUAUUUAUAGUCAUAAAAUCUAGUAAAUGCCAAUAUUUUACAGAAUGUUAUGAGAUAAGGUGGUAUGCUAUGUAUUUUAUACCCAUUCUUCCUCGACAACGUGGAAAAGACCCGAGUUACCCGAGUCACGCUAUUUUGUGGUCACAUGGAAUUAAGUCACAAACAAAGAAAACGACACUGAAUAAAAAUAAUUUGGAAGAA